AUGGAGCCUACCCCACCACCAUCACCAGAUACUAUAAACUCCAAUAACUCAAUAAGCUCAACAGACGGGCUUAACUUGAACGAUUUGCACACGAACUUCUAUGAUUGUGGUGAAAAGAUAGCUAAGCAAAAAGGUGAGGUGGAACGCAUGAAGAAUGAGAUGGGUCGCGAUUACCUUCAUUCCAAGGUUGAUGUCCUCAACAUGCAGCAAAGGUUCGAGAAGGUUGAGAAGCAGAUUAAAGCGAUUGCACUGUUGGUUGUGGGUCUUGUCGCCGUGAUGCUCCUCCUAAUGAUUUUCAUCAUUCACUUGAUAAUCAGCAAGUGA